AGAAAAUCUCUGUCGUAGCCCUGUCUCGUCUCGUCUCUUCUCUUCUCUUCUCUUCUCUUCUCUUCCAUCAACCCCAAUCUCUAUCUCUCUCUCUCUCUCCAUGGCAGCAGACCACCAGCUUAAGGAAGCAUUGUAUUGCAGAAGAUGGGAAAGAAUUUGCAGCAGCAAGAAUCCGCAAUGUCUCUGGAUAAUCCUCCACCAGGAUGCAUGUGGGGAAUACUUCAUCACUUCCACCGCACUAAAUGGCUUAAUGUCAAGAAACGUUUGCCUCACAAAAGGUUUAAAGAAACAGCUUCAAGUGGACGUGAAAUGCAAGCAAAAACAGAUUCUAAAACAGAGAAUAAUUCUGCUGCACUGAAAGCUGGGGAGUCUGGUUCGGUUUCUAAGUCGAUGAGGUCUCGAUUGAAAGCUUUAAUCGUGGACGAAGUGUACAAAAUAAGGGGCCAACACCAUCGAACCUCAUCGUGCCCAUCACCGACACCACUAACCCGAACAACUUCCAUCCAUCGUCUCGACCCUUCGAGUGUACGUCUUCCUGAUGAUAUUUCUUUAGCUGACAAAACUCCUAAGCAUAAUGACAAAACUAGUAGUAGUGGCCAUUGUUCUUCCACUAGCUUAUUCGACCCCCUCGUGCCAAGGAUAGGCGACGAGGAUCGUGCUAUGGCCAAGCCAGAGCCAAAGCGAUUCCCGGGCUCUCUUGAUCAAGUAGACAUGAAAAGGCAGGUAUUCCUGAAAUUCUUUCAUGCCCGGAGUUCAUCGUUUGAGCAUCAAUUGCAUAGCAGCCAGGCCUUGUCGAAAAAGCCAGUAGGACUAACCAAGUCUGUCUCGUUCCCUUCUGCUGGCUCGUUGCUAAGAGAGGCGUUUAUAGCUCAAGAAAUCGAGGUUUAUGCAAAAGCAGAAGACGAGUUGCAGGCUGAAAGGCCUGCUGCAGCCACACCCGAGCUGUGCAGGGAAGGUAGUGUUACGAAACGCCUUUUGACAAAUCCCGAGCUCUUCGACAAUGUCCCUCCAGAUGGGGAGCAUAAGAACAAGCAUGAUAGUAAACAUGGUAAAAAAAGUUUCAAGAACCUAAGGGAUAAAAUAAGGUAUGCACUAAGGGAGAGCAAAAAGGAGAAGCAUCGGAUUGUGAUGGAUGCAGUUCUUGAUAAAGUCCCCCAUGGCCAAAAGACAUCCAAGGAUGGUACAGAAGCAAAUGAUAAACAACACGAAGAGUUGGACACGAAAUACAGAAGGUCCAUCCCGAGGACUUCCAGUGGUACUUCUCCAUUUGGAAGGACUGAUGGGCAUUACAUGAAACGAACUGUGUCUUGCAAUGACUUUGCAGACCGCUACAAUCGGUUGCUUGAGUCGUGUUUCAAACAAAAAGUAAAACACCAUACCUCCGAGAGGCAGAGCUAUGGAGCAUUAGGAACAGCUUCCUCUUCUAGUCCUGGGCCCAAAACCCUCGAAAGGAUUCUUUCAUUGCCUGAUCUGAGGUGUUAUGGUUCAAACGAGUGUCUAUAUGCUAGUUCUUCUAACACACCGUUCAGAAAUAUGUCCGGUGAGCAAAAGCAUCUGGACACCCUUGUAGCUUCAGAAAAUCUCCAUCAAUCAGAGGAUAAUUCUGGUGAAAUCCCCCGGGAAAACUUUCAAACUGAUGGUGAUACUUAUGAUGACUUUAGUGGCUUACAAACUCACAACAUCAAGUGCACUUCAUCUUCUGAUCCUGAAAUAGAUCUCCAGCACACAACAGAACCAGCAGAGUUCUCUAAGAAUGAAGGAGAUUCAUUUGCUGACCAAGAAAACAUACCAAAGACAGAAAAUAUAAGCACAGCAGAAGAUUCAGUAAACGAUGAGAAGGGGUUGGAGGACAUGUUUAUGCGUAUUCAGGUUGAUGACAGCAACAAGGCUGCGUUUGAUUAUGUAAAAUGUGUACUAGAAGUAUCGGGACUAUGCAGUGGUGAGUUCCUAGAGAAAUGGCAUUCAGCUGAAAUGCCAUUAAACCCUUUGGUGUUUGAUGAAGUGGAGCAGAUAGUGGCGCAAUCAGACUGUACUGGAAGUGAAGAUGAUGGCGUCUACGAUCAUCUUGUUCUGUUUAGUUCAGUGAAUGAGGCCUUGCUAGAAAUAUACGAGAAGUCAUAUCUGUACUGGCCAAAGGCACUGACAUGCCGGUCUUGUAUCAAACGAAUGCCGGUAGGUUAUGGGAUUGUAGAGGAUGUGUGGGGCGAUAUCAGGCGGUUACUGCGCCAGAGCAAUUCACUUGAUGAUCCGGUGAGCUGGGAUUUGGCUAGAGGGGAUAACUGGAUGAACCUUCAGUUUGAAGCAGAGUGUGUUGGACUUGAGCUGGAAGACCUGAUAUUAGAUGAUCUUUUGGAUGAGCUGCUUUAUGAUGACCUGCUUUCAUAUUGAGUUCCUCAUCAGAUUCCUUCCAUACUGCAUGCAUGUACAUAAAAUAGGAGGAUAUAUUUCACUCCCCUGGUUGGAAGCUCAUAUGGGGUCAGUGGCCCGUUUUGACAGCUUUAGUUGGAAUUGGAAGCUCAUAUGGGGUCAGACCUGUCCGUUUUGACAGCUUUAGUUGGAAUUGGUGUCUUCAUUCUUAAGUUACAUGAAUAUAACUACUCACGUUUAGGAAAGAACUAUUACUAGGAAUAUAUUCACAGUUUCACACAAGUCAAUUAGGCAAAACUUGUGUUGUUUUGUAGGGGUGAGACCUAUGUUCAUACAACUUAAUGACAGCGACUUAAUUGUGGGUUUCUAUUUUACCAUGUUAGCAAUAUUCCAGACAAUUGUUGGGUUAGUCAGUAUUACAGU